AUGACGAAACUACAAGCCAUUUCGAUUCCUUCCUCUCCCGAGGACGAAGCCGCGGUCGUUCCGUCGUCUCACAAGUUGAGCGCGAGAUAUGCGGCCGAGAACUCUCCUUCCGUCGAGAGAAAAAAGAGAAAGAGGUCGAAGAGAAGAAAUCAGACCCCAGAUUCCCCGACUCCAUCUAAGAAAACGAAACUCAAGAUUCACCCAUCGGGCAGCAAAUACCGAAAGCAGGACAGCCCGAAGCCGAUGACUCCCUCGCCGCUCGCCUCCUUCCCUCGACCUCACAAUCCAAAUCACCCGUUCAUGAAGAUCUCGACAAUUCGACCUGAGCACGGAGAGCCGGUUGCGACCAUCGAGACUGAUGACAUUGUCGAGACUGGUGCCACCGUCGAUGCUGGUAGCACCGACUCGGAUGACAUGCCUAUGGCCAUCAGGUCGCGUAGAAGAAACCCAUUCGCCGACCAGACCUACGAAGCCCCCGAGCAGCUCAUCGAAGACAGAGCCAGUCCCGACCUCGGCACACAGCCUAUCCAGAAACUCGAACCUUCCAGCUAUGUGCCUGGAAAAGAGACACUCGGGGAUGAUGAUAACUGCUACAUCUCCAAGGCCGCCUUCAACCUCCUCACAGAUCGCCAUAUGACCCUACAGCACAUGGUCAAGACAUUCAUCGACUCAGUGAACGACCUAGAGACCACAAGCAAGGGCGACAGGGACAUCCGCGACGGAAUUCUCGCCGAGGCCAAGUCUCUCCAGAUGGGCAUCAAGGCAGUCUCCAAUGCUGUAUUCGAGCUCCCGUAUGCCAAUCGGACUGGCGCCGCCACCCGAGCAGCUGCGGGCAAGACCCUCGCAGCCAUCGAGAAGUUCAACGAGAAGAAGAGGAUUCUUGCUGAAGGCAAGGCUGCUACCGCGGCGCAGCAGGCUGAGAUAGAGGAGGCGAGAAUUGCAGAGGCAGUGAGCAACGAUGACUCUAGCGUACAACGUAACCUGGGGGAUGAGGAGGAAGUGGACAUUUCUCAGGAGCAGGCAGCUGGCACUGACGGGGAACCGAUGGAUGAGUCGGAGUGA